AUGAAGGAUGAUUUCUUCAUCAAAAUUGAAACCUGGCACAAACCAGAUUUAGGUGACCAAGACAAUGUAAGUGACGGGAAUGAAACGCCACGUUUUAUCCACAGAACCAGGGUGCCCAAGUCCUGCUGAAUUUUACUCUCUAUUAAUAGAAAGACCGUGGACACAGAUGCACUGUUUUAUUAUUAGGGUGGUGGUGGUAUUUGAUUAACCAGAAUUUUUUCUUUCUGCAAAAAGAAAAUAUUUUGUAUCCGGAAAAGUUGUUGUUAUUUAUGUCACUUAUGAGUUGCUUCCUGUGAGGCAUCUUGAAGUGAUUUACAAUACAAUGGCAUAUAUAAAAUAGUUGCAUAUGUAAAAACAACUGAAUACAAAAGAAACACAAAAAAUAAACAUAAAAAUGCUUUUAAAAUAACACCACAUACAGGAAAUCAGUUCAGAUCCAGGACAGAUACCAGCUGAGAUAAAUAAUUUAGACUUUGUUAAGGUUCCAUUGCAUAUAUAAUAAGAAAUAAAGCACUUAUUCUUGCAGAGAUCUUGAAAGCACUUUAGAGGAGACUGUAUGGAACAGAAACAUGCUUUAGCAUUAGCUAUUGGAUGCAGUUUGGGGUUACAGAGGUCUUUUUCUCUUCUAAAUGACUGAAAUAUUUGGCAGUAUUGAGGGAUGCAAUCUUAAGGUAUUAAACUUUCUGUGAUUUUUACUGAAGCAAAUCUGGGUUACAUAUGUUAUUGUUAUUUAAUUUCUAUACAGUCAUGAGAAAAUUGAAUUCUGUGGUUUUACAUAUGAAGACAUAUCAAUCAUCUCUUUUUAAGCAGAUCUUAAAAUUAGGUAACUACAACCUCAGAUGAACAACAACACAUAACUAAUUACUCCGUGUCAUGAUUUAUUUAGCAAAAAUAAAGCCAAAAUGGAGAAGCCAUGUGUGCAAAACUAAGUACACCUUAUGAUUCAAUAGCUUUUAGAACCACAUCUAGCAGCAAUAACUUGAAGUAAUCAUUUUCUGUAUGACUAUAUCAAUCUCUCACAUCGUUGUGGAGGAGGUUUGGCCAACUCUACUUUACAAUUUUGCUUGAGUUCUCUGAGGUUUGCUGGCAUUUGUUUAUGCACAGCUCUCUUAAGGUCCCAUCCAAAUCUUGUGUGUUUUGAUGUAAAAUACAUUAUUAUUGUUAUUAUUAUUAUUAAAUUGAACACAUUGAUUGCCUAACACUCGUUGUCUUUAGGCCAGUACAAAGCAUAUAUCAUAAUACGGAAGCAUAUUAAAAAGUCAACAAAGCCCAAUCAAACUUUCAGUGCUGGCGACUCCCAUUUUUGUUUUGGUUGAGGACAUAAAAGCUCUUAUCUCUGCCAGGUCCACAGCCUCGAUGCGGAAACUUGGAAAGAUGUUGAGGUGGUCCAUAUAGAUGUCGCUGAUCGGACGCAAGUGUCAGAUGACGUAAGAGGCAACCUUGGUUUUUGUUUGGCAGUUGGAAGAGUGUUUGGCAAAGGUUAACAUGACACAGAAGGCAGGGGAAUUCUGGGAAGGAAAGCGCCCUUCCAGCCGUCUGCUUUUGAUAGGAAAGAAGGAUCCCUUUGUGGCUCUGGAGUGUGAAAGCCGUGAGCACAAAGGGAAUCUUUUUGGUUACUGUAGCAUCUGCAAACACCCUACUUGGAACUAUUUGUUCUUUUGAAUCACUCUAGAUUGGGAGAGCUCAGGAGAACAGUAGCCCAGCGAUUCUAGGCUGCAGCUAUCCUGUCCACAACUACCUGGCCUUCAUUUCCACACACAACUCGCUCCUCUUCCUUCUCCCUCCUUUAUCCCCCCAACAUUGACAGAGAAAGGAAGUUUGCUAAUAUCUGGCCAGGCUCCAUAUUGUGAUCUCAUUUGUUCCUUCUGGCCCAUGGCCUACAGAAGGGAUGAAAGGAGAUCCCCCACUCUGAGUGAGGAGAGGCCCCUGAGUGGAGAGCUUGUCUCUGAGCAUAUGCUGAGCACUUUCUCUUCGCUACCAAGUGACUAGUCUGUUCUCUCUACAUCCUUAGAACAAAGGUAACAGUAGUGGUGGCGACGGCUGGUACCACUAAAACCACAUUGUUGCUCAACUUUUUGCAUUGCUUGUAGUAUCCAAAAUAGUACCCUUUUGCUUUCAGUGCUGGCUCUUGGAUUUUAGAUGCUAUCAGGCCCUGUUUUUGUGUCAAGAGGAAUCUGCCCUUUCUGACUGCUUUUCUACCUGCUGAACAAAGAUCUUCAUGGCAUUUAUCCAUCUCUGCCCCCCUGUAUCUCAUACUGCUGACAUUCUCAUCUCUGCUCUCUUAUCUUUCAGGAUUACAAGCCAGAUGAAGACCCGGCUCUUUUCAAAUCACUGAAGACGGGCAGAGGGCCUCUUGGCCCUGACUGGAAGGUACGUCCAGUCCCCUGUCUUGUAAUUUGUUUCAAGACGCCUUAUGGGAUGCAAUUCAUAAAUGAAAUAAUAGAAAAAUGGAUGAUAGCAAAACAUGCGAACCAGCCCGUAAGUGUGUCCUGCUCCCUCCCAUCCAUACAAUCUCGGGCCUCUUCGUUGUUCUGAAGACAGGCUUUGGCGAUGGUAGUGUGACCCCAGGGGUCUGCUGGUUUCAUCUUAGCAAAGCAAAAUGUGCGCUUGCUGUGGCACCAGACCCAAAAGAUGAGUCCGUGACCUUUUAGUCAUGGCAGGAAGAGAGAAAGCAAGUGUUGCAGUGGUCACUGGGUGUACGAACCAGCUGUAGGAUUUUUUGGAGCGGGGAUGGGUCUUAUCAAUACUGGUAGGUGCUGUACCCAGCCCCUUCUAUAAAUGCUGCCAGGGCUGGGGCUGUGAGAGACAUAAACAGCAGUCACUCCAUGCCCUUACCCAUGUGGAAUUAACACCCAUCUUGCUUCUACAGCCAGAAGAUUCAGCUGCAGAAUGGCAUUUGUAGGAACUUUGGAUAAAAAGGGGAGGGGCGAAACUUAGAAUAAUUAGGGCAAAGGCGUCUGUAUCGCUGUCUGUUCUAUUGCGUUUUAAAUACAUUGCAAGCCGCCUCGAGAACUUUGGUUAGUAGGCAUGGUGUAAAUACUUCUAAAUGAAAUAUAAAAAGGGGGUAAAUCUCUUUUUCAUCCCUGCAAAUCCCCCUCAGAUGUUUCACCUAUAAGAGAAGUCUCCACAAGUUUGCUUUGAAACUUCAGCGGCAACUCCAGGCCUAAUCUUCCUGGCUUCUUCCUUUCUCCCCCUUCCCCUUCCCCCCUAUCUCCCGUCCAUUAGCGGGAACUAGCCAACAAUGAAGAUUGUCCCCACAUGUGUGCCUACAAACUUGUGAGUGUGAAGUUCCGCUGGUGGGGUCUUCAGGGCCGAGUGGAAAAAUUUAUCCAAAAGGUAAGAACAGGCUGAGGCUGCUGGCUCUGGUCUGCGUUAGAGCUUGCUUGGAUAGUAACAGAUGGCAGAGCAAUAUUAGCAAAUGGGAUUUGAGACUUUCUCCAGCGUUGUUGAGGUUUUUUUAGGGGCGGGAAGAGGUGGGGGUAAAAAAACCCAUCUUGAGCUUGAUCUGCAGAAUGCAACCCAGGGACUUUUCCCCUCAAAGAGAGAGCGUAGACCAUUAUCCCCACUUCAAGGUCUCUUGCAUUCUUGUCAUCCUGUUUUCUUGAAGCCUUUCUUCUCUUCCUACAGCAAGAAAGACGCCUCUUUACCAACUUCCAUAGGCAGCUAUUUUGCUGGUUGGACAAGUGGGUGGAUUUAACCAUGGCUGACAUUCGACGGAUGGAGGAAGAGACACAGAGGGAGCUUGAUGAGGUAUUUUGGGGCAGAGGACCAGGUUUGCGGGUGCAAGGGGCACUUGGUUUGGGUUGUGAGAGCUUCUCUUACUUGUGCUUGAACUCUUGUGGGUGGAAGGCCAGAAGUACAGUGGUACCUUGAGUUACAGACGCUUCAGGUUACAGACUCCGCUAACCCAGAAAUAGUACCUUGGGUUAAGAACUUUGCUUCAGGAUGAGAACAGAAAUCGCGCGGCAGCAGUGUGAGGCCCCAUUAGCUAAAGUGGUACCUCAGGUUAAGAACAGUUUCAGGUUAAGAACGGACCUCCGGAACGAAUUAAGUACGUAACCAGAGGUACCACUGGACAACUUUCCCUGUCACUGGGUCUGAAAGGAUGGCUUUGCCCAUACAAGCCUGAUCUCUGAGAUCAUUUACGGGUGGCCUGCUUCAGAUGCCAAGGUUGUCAGAGAGUAAGGCGGAUGGUGUCCAGCAGCCAGGCCUUUUCUUUUCAUGGCUUCCUUAUUGUGAAACUCCCUUCCCAAAAAGGCCUUCCAUGGCCAGCUCAGUUCCCACUUGUAGAAGCUUAGUUAAAACCCUUUCCUGUUUGUAUUCCCGCAGCUAGUCUUGAGGCUUUGUUGAUUUCAAUGAGCCGAGUUGCUACGCAGAUCUGCCAGGCAGGAUUUUUCAAAAAAUCGCUGCCACUGUUCCAUUGAGUGAUGAUCGGUACUCCUGUUUUAUAUUUGCUGUCCCUAUGGCACACUUGUUGUAGUAGGUGCAGAUCCCCUGACAAGAGGAGGAGUUUCCAACUAGGGCAUAGGUUUUAUUUAGUCGAUGUGGUUUUGAUCCACUAAUAUAGAAGCGGGAAACCCUGAUUCGAAUCCUGAAACGUGAAAAUUGCCAAUGGCGGACCCCAUCUUGGGAGAGGCAUUCCCUCUUCAGUCUCUCACAGGAGGGGACUCCACUUCCAAGACAUAUGCCAUCUAAAACUUAUAGGUAUCUAUGCACCCUAUACAUAGGCCAUCUAAAAUCAGGUAUACUUUUUUCCCUUCUUCAAAAGCAUUUAGUCAUAUGCAAAUUUAUGUAGAUUUGGUUGUUUUAAAACUCAGUUGAUCUGCUUAAGGGUGAGAGAAGCUUUGGCCCUUCAUAUGUUCCUGAACUACAACUCCCAUCAGCCCCUGCAAGCAUCACCAGUGGUGAGGAAUGAUGGGAGUUGUAGUUCAGCAGCAAAUGGCGCACCAAAAGUUCCCCACAGAGGCACGAAGAUUUCCACAAUUGGGUGACAGUCCUAUAUGAUAUUAAUGUGGAAGAAGAUAUUUUGGUAGGCAUGGGUUUUUUCCACUGCUGUAAGAGAUGCGCUGCAAAAAUCCCCUCUUUUAAAAAAUUUUAACUGUUAAUGUGCUUACCAUUGUUUCCUCAAUUUGUAGUUUUUUAAUGUCUGUAAAUGUAUAGUUACAUAAAUACUUUAUGCUUCUGUAAACAUAUUUUAUAUAUUUGUAAAUAUCUACCUUUCUAUUUUUUGAUGAUUAAAACCUUUUUCUAUACAACUUUUACAAAAUAUAUAGGAGUCCUGCCCUUAUUUGAAUCUGUUCCUCCUUAAAAGAAAAGGGAGGAAAAACUGGUACAUACAAGUGUUUUGUUUAUAGAUAGAUCCCAUUUUGCACUUUGGGAUUAAAUGUGGUUCCUGUCUUGCCCAGAGAGUAUUAAAUAUGCUUUGAACCCUCAAACCCUAUAAUGUUUGGUAAUAUGCUGAUGCAUUUAAAUGCAAUUGUAAUUGAUUAUUGAUUUUUUUAAAAAAACUUUUUUAAUUUAUUGGCAAAUCUUUCUGGCAAGGCCAUGUGGAAGUAAACAGAGCCAGUACUACCACCAUGUAAGACUUGGAAGUUACCCAGCUGCUGAAGGAUCUUGUUUUGUUGCAGAUACGCCAGAAGGGCACUGUGAGAGGAAUGACUGCAGGGGACGAAUGA